AUGACUCAGCCAUCGUCUGCAGAUAUGACCUUCGACAGCUCGCUCGUGGAUGUCCAACGAUCGUUCUCCUCCACAGAUACCAACACUACCAGCUCGACUGGGAAAGAAAAUAUGCCGCCAUCAGAUCACUCGGAUCCUGUUUCAGCACCUACCUCACAGUUCAAGGACGUCUCCACGGAUGAACUGUACUCGGAAUGGGCUGCGACGUACGAUACGGACGGCAAUAUCCUGCAGUUCAUCGAUGACUUACAGAUGACUGACCUCUUGGAGCAAUUCGUUUCACUGUGCUGUGCGCAAGACCUGGAUUCCAACGAUUACCGGCUUGAUAUACUGGACUUAGGAUGCGGUACUGGUCGCAACACGCUCAAGCUCUUACAAACACCUUGGCCUACCGAUCGCGAUGUCAACGUCCACGGCUGGGACGGGAGUCAGGCCAUGCUGGACCUCGCCCGGACGAAAUGCGCCAACGCAGUCUCGUCAUCCGCGAGUACCAAGAUGGUCAUGGAGUUUGCUGCUGUCGACAUCUCGAACCCCGAAAACGUCCCAAAGCAGUACGACGACCUCUUCAAUGGCCUGAUCUCAACGCUUGUACUCGAGCACAUCGAGAUUGAGACCUUCUUCGCCAUCGUAGCUCGGCUUCUCAAACCUGGCGCUCACGCUCUCAUCACAAACAUGCACUCCGACAUGGGCAGACUCUCACGUGCAGGGUAUAAGGCAGCGACAGGUGAGCGGUAUAGAGCUACUUCGUACAUCUACACGCCUCAGGAGACUGUUGAGGCUGCGGCGGCUGCUGGACUGGAUCUCGUGGGUGAGAUUGACGAGGUCGCGGUGGAUGGGAGGAUGAUUGACGGCGGCGUCCUGGACAAUGGUGUGCGUGUUGAGAAGGGUGGGGUCAGGGAGGGAGCGAGGAAGUGGGUUGGGACGAAGGUGUGGUAUGGCAUGAUGUUGAGGAAGAGAUGA